AUGGCCUCUGCUAAGCCCAACAUGCGCUUACAGGUUGAUGAGAACCUCCAGUCGAUGCUGGUGGGGUCAAUGAUGAGGAAAGUCAAGUCCAGGAGCUGGAAGCGACAACGAUACUUCAAACUGCAGGAUGACUGUAUGAGCAUCUGGUACAAAUCCAAAAAAACUGGCAACCCCAAAUCUACCUUCUCCAUCAGCGACAUUGAAACUGUCCGUGAGGGGCACCAAUCUGAGGUCCUGCAGAGCAUCGCAGAGGAGUUCACUCCGGAUCGCUGCUUCACUGUCGUUUUCCGUGGGAGGCGAGGGAACCUGGACCUUGUGGCUGAUUCCGCCCGGGAGGCGGGUCACUGGAUUCAGGGACUCCGCAAGCUCAUCGAGAACGUCAAAAACAUGGACCAGAAGGAGAAGCUCGACCAAUAUCCUUUCUUAAUGAAUCACUUAUUGUGGAUUAGUGAUUGGUUCCAUAAAGCUGAUAAAGAUAAAGAUGGGCGGAUGAACUUUAAGGAGGUGCGGGAUUUACUGAAGAUGAUGAAUGUUCAUAUGAAUGAGGACCACUCCCUCCGGCUCUUCAAGAUGGCAGACAAAUCGCAGUCAGGGACCCUCGAGGGCGAGGAGUUUGUUUUGUUUUAUAAGGCACUAACCCAGCGCGAUGAUGUUCGCCGGGUCUUCAACGAGUUCUCCAAGGACAGGAAGAAGCUGACGCUGCUCGAGUUUGUGGAUUUUCUGAAGUACGAGCAACUUGAGCACGGGGAGAAUGUGGAGAAGUUUGUCAUGGAUCUAAUCGCCAGAUACGAGCCAUCCGAGACAGCCAGGAAGCUACAUGCCAUGACUUUAGAUGGGUUCCUCAUGUACCUCUGCUCUCCUGAUGGAUCCAUCUUCAAUCCAGAACAUGAGCCUCUACACCAGGACAUGUCACAGCCGCUCUGCCAUUACUUCAUCUCCUCAUCUCACAACACGUACCUGAUGGAGGACCAGCUCCGUGGACACAGCAGUGUGGAGGGCUACAUCAGAGCAUUUAAAAAGGGAUGUCGGUGUGUGGAGGUUGACUGCUGGGAUGGACCAAACCUGGAACCAAUUGUGUACCACGGCCACACGCUGACUUCCAAGAUUUCCUUUAAAGACGUCAUCUCGGUGGUCAACAAGUACGCCUUCCGGGUGUCGGACUUCCCUGUGAUCCUGUCCAUCGAGAACCACUGCAGCAUCGAACAGCAGACUGUCAUGGCUCAUCAUCUCCAAAACAUCUUGGGAGACAAGCUGGUAAAAAGCACCAUCGAUGGGAAGAUCCCAAGUAGAUUCCCAUCUCCAGAGGAGCUGAAAUGGAAGGUUCUGGUGAAAGGGAAACGGAUUGACAAGUUGGAGGACUGCCUAAAUGGGCAGGGGGAUCACCACUACACGGGGGAGGUCACCGACGAGGACGAGGCAGCAGAAAUAGAUGACGAGAACAUCAAGAACGAAGUGAAGAGGAAAGGGAAGGCAUCUAAGCAGAGUUUGGCCAAGGAACUGUCUGACUGUGUCAUUUAUUGUAAGAGCGUCCAUUUCAACAGCUUCAAACACUCCCGCACACAUUACAAAUUCUACGAGACCUCGUCCUUCACUGAAUCCAAGGCCAGGAAACAGAUCAGAGAGUCUGCGAACGAGUUUGUCCGUCACAAUGCCUGGCAGUUAACCCGUGUGUACCCCAGCGGAUUCAGGACAGACUCCUCAAACUUCAGCCCUCAGGAGAUGUGGAAUACAGGCUGCCAAAUAGUGGCGUUGAAUUUCCAGACAGCUGGGGAAGAGAUGGAUCUGAAUGAUGGACUCUUCAGCCGAAAUGCUCACUGUGGAUUUGUGUUGAAACCCUCAUUUAUGAGAACGAUAGAAUCCAACUUUGACCCGGAACACCCACGAGAUACAGUUGGUUAUCGACCACUGAAUCUAACUAUCCAGGUGAUCAGUGGGCAGCAAUUGCCCAAAGUGGAGAACAGCAAGGAGGGAUCGAUUGUGGAUCCAUUGGUGAGGGUGGAGAUUCAUGGUGUGCCCAUGGACAAUGUGAAGCAGGAGACUAAAUACAUCGACAAUAACGGUUUUAACCCCGUGUGGUACGAGACUCUGAGUUUCAUUGUUCAUGUCCCUGACCUGGCUCUUGUACGAUUUGUGGUUGAGGAUUAUGACUUGACUUCGAAGAAUGAUUUUGUGGGUCAGUAUACGUUACCAUUCACCACGAUCAAGGAAGGUUACCGCCACAUUCACUUGCUCUCGAAGGAUGGGACAGGAAUCCCUCCUUCCUCCUUGUUUGUUCACACUAGGAUUACUGAGAAGGGAUUGGGUUUAAAGAGUUAA